UCCGCUCACUUACUCCUUGUGCACGCCAAUUCAAGAUUCUUUUUUUUCCCAUUUUCGUGUAAUUAAAGAAAUGGAAGAAGUGGGGCUGGGGAUCGUAUCAUUCAUACGAGCAGCAUGGAUCUUUGCUACUUUGCCAAUUGCUGUAGCCUGUUUUCCAUUGCCUGGGCUUGGUUGGUUUCGCACAGCUCUGUUGGGAAUUAUCAAAAGAGGCAAGAUAUUGCAAUCCAAAUCUAAACUAACUGUGCCUCAGAGUUUCUUCUUUCACUUUUAUGUGGUGGGGGUUUUAUGGACGACAAUCUUGCUUGUUUCUUUGUGGUCUUAUGCAAUGAGAGAACAUGUAUACAAUGUUUGGCUAUCUCAAGCUGUAUUUCUCCUUCUGCUAAUGGAAGUUCAAGUUUUGCGACGCUUCUAUGAGUCAAUCUAUGUUUUUAACUACAGUCCAUCAGCUCGAAUGCACAUCUUAGGUUAUCUUCUGGGCUUAUUAUACUAUGUACUAGCUCCACUGUCCCUAUGCUGUAAUUUUGCACCUCAAGUCUUUGACUUUGUCAGCGGAAGAGUUGGCAUGUCAAGGCCUGGAUUUGAUAAUAUAUGGAUGUUUGUGACUCUUUUCUUGAGGCUUCCAUGGUAUGCGUGGAUAGGUGCUGCUAUUUUCUUAUGGGGUUGGGUACAUCAGCUUCGCUGUCAUCAAAUCCUUGGUUCCUUGCGAGACAAAACCAAAAAGCUGGAGGAGUAUGUUAUUCCGAAUGGCGAUUGGUUUGAAUACGUCUCGUCUCCGCACUAUACGGCUGAAAUUGUGAUAUAUGGUGGUCUUGUGGUGGCUAGUGGGGGUUCAGAUCUCUCUUUGUGGUUGCUUUUUGCAUUUGUGGUGGCAAAUCUUGUUUUCGCAGCAAUGGAAACACAAAAAUGGUAUCACCAAAAAUUCGACGAUUACCCUCAUAAUCGAUGGACUUUUGAAGGAAGAAUCUUAGUUGAGCCCUCAACUAAAAAGGGUUUGAACUUGUCUAACAAUGAAUUUCUAGAGUUAGUUUUGUCACGAAAACUAGACAGUGACAAAGCCAAAGAGCUUGCAAAGAAGUUUGAUAUGGAUAAUGAGGUGUUGGAGAUUUUAGAGUUUAUUGAUGACAAGAAGCAUGUGAGGAGUGAUGAUAUAAAACCCAAGCCAUCCACCAAAGUCAAAAUCCUUCCACCGGUGGAACAAGCACAAGAUUCAGGAGCAAAAACUCCACCGGAUCCCUUAAAGAAUAUACAUGUCAAGAAGGAGGUGGCGAGGAGGUUGAUGUGUUGGAGAGGCCCACAUAUCAAGACUGAAGCACAUUAA